CUUUUUUUCCUCUUUGUUGGAGAGCUGUCGCCAGACGCUCCGCUUUUAAUUGCCGCGGUCGGACCUCUCUUCCUCUCCAUUGUAGCUUAAGGAGCUGCGGACAGCAGUUCCUGCUCUUUCCAGCUCUGAAAAGCUUCGUGAUUUCUCUGGAGCGUUUCUCUCUGUCCCGGGGCGACGGUGGGUCGUUUCCCUUCCCUGCACGAAUUUCCUUCCCCGCGACUCUUAAAUGCCGCCGGUGCAACGCGUCUUCUUUCCCUAUACCUAAAGCUGUGCGCAGAUGGCACUUAGCUCUGCAGGGAGAACAUGAGGAGAAGUUUAGCUCCCAGUCAGCUGGCCAAGAGAAAACCUGGAGGUGAUGGGUCUGGAGAGGAUGAGGACUGGUGUCCUGAAGCAACUCCAAAGAGGCAGAAACGUAACACCAAGACUGAUAUCCAGGAAUGUUAUUCAUCUCCUUUCCGAAAACCUUUGACUCAGUUAACCAAUCGAAUUCACUGCCUUGAUAGUAGUAAACAUGAAGCCUUUAUUCGCAGCAUUUUAUCAAAACCUUUCAAGGUUCCUAUUCCAAAUUAUACAGGGAUAAAACGCCUGUUCAUGUUGUGGUAGAUCCUUGUCUUAGCCGUGUUUUACGACCUCAUCAGAGAGUGGGAGUGAAGUUCCUAUGGGAAUGUGUUACAAGCCGUCGGAUCCCCGGAAGUCAUGGCUGCAUCAUGGCAGAUGAGAUGGGUCUAGGGAAGACCUUGCAAUGUAUCACUUUGAUUUGGACACUUUUGCGCCAAAGUCCAGACUGCAAGCCUGAAAUUGACAAGGCAAUCGUGGUUGCGCCUUCCAGCCUGGUGAAAAACUGGUACAAUGAAGUGGGCAAAUGGCUUGGAGGAAGAAUCCAGCCACUGGCUAUUGAUGGAGGCUCUAAAGAGGACAUAGAUAAUAAGCUAGUGGGAUUCGUGAACCAGCGAGGCCGUAGAAUCCCAUCCCCCAUCCUAAUAAUUUCCUAUGAAACUUUUCGUCUCCAUGCAGAAGCUCUCAAGAAAGGGAGUGUUGGGUUGGUCAUAUGUGAUGAGGGGCACCGGCUGAAAAACUCAGAUAACCAAACAUACCAGGCUCUCAACAGCUUGAAUACGCCACGCCGAGUUCUCAUCUCUGGCACUCCCAUUCAAAAUGAUCUCCUUGAAUAUUUCAGUCUAGUACAUUUUGUCAACUCAGGCAUUCUAGGGACAGCCCAGGAGUUUAAAAAGCACUUUGAAAUCCCCAUUUUAAAAGGCAGAGAUGCAGAUGCAAAUGAGGCUGGAAGGCAAAAAGGAGAAGAGAGACUGAAAGAGCUGAUUAAUAUUGUCAACAGAUGCCUAAUAAGAAGAACUUCAGAUAUUCUCUCCAAAUACCUGCCAGUGAAAAUUGAGCAGGUGGUGUGUUGCAGGCCAACUCCUCUCCAAGCAGAGUUAUACAAAUACUUUCUGAUGCAAGCAAAACCUGCAGAAGAUCUGAAAGAGGGGAAGAUGAAUGUUUCAUCUCUCUCUUCAAUCACAUCUCUGAAGAAGCUUUGUAAUC